UGUGAGUCGGUCGGAUCCCUAAGUUGAAAGGUCAAAGUUCGCUUAUUAGCCUGGUCAUGUUGUCGGAAUAAUUCAAAUCAAAGAUUGGCCGGAGCUGAUCUUCGAUGGGCUGUACAAAUCUCUGGUAGAGGACUCUGUAUAAGUGAACUUUGAAUUCCAUCGCAGUCACGUGGUUCACCAUUAGUCGAACAUAUUGGAACUAUCAGGAUGAAGUCUCUAUCGCUACCAACCUUUACUGGAGCAUUGAUGGCUGUCUUGGUUUCCAUGGGAACGACUAAUGCAGUCAUUGCUUGGCCCUGCCCAUUCCAAUGUGAGUGUGAUUCUAGACUGCAAACAGUACGGUGUGCCUAUGUUCAUGGGCUCCGUUGGUCUACAAAUCCAACUAACAUUCCGAGUGAUGUAAGAUCACUGCACAUCUCUGAUCAAAACAUUUCAUCGGUAAGUGCUCUUUCUCGGUCAAACCUAACAAACCUCCGCAAACUGGAGAUGGUGCGAAGCAGUAUCCGUGAAUUACAAGACACUGCUUUAGUGAUGGCGCCGAAACUAAGACGUCUCAACUUGAGUGGGAAUAGUCUGAUAGCAAUGCCACACGCCGUGUCAUCUUUAAGAAUUUUAAAAGAGUUGAUUCUAAGCAGCAACAUUAUCACAGAUUUGAAUCCCUCCGAUUUUGAGAACCUGACUAAGCUGAGAGUCUUAGACUUGAGCCUUAAUAAUAUAUCUAUUCUGCCUCCGGGUUUAUUCCAACCAUUGUCAGAAUUAAGAAGAUUAAACCUGAGUUACAAUACAAUCGUGUCGAUUGAUGAUCAUACCUUCCAGGCUCUAACACACCUUGAGGAUCUGUCUUUGUCCAAGAACCAUAUCCAGCAGUUAUCACCAAUCUGGAUGAACAGUCUUCGAUCGCUGUGGAUUCUUGAGAUGAGUGGCGCCAUCAUCGACCAAUCUCAAGCAACAAAUCUGUUACCAACCGAUGAAUCUGUACGGUAUCCCAAUCUUCAACAGCUUAAUUUAGCAGGAAACAUGAUGUCUGACCUACCUUGUGAUGCUCUAAGAGAAAUGUCUGGUCUGCAGCUUCUCGAUUUAAGCCAUAAUUACAUCAAAGUCAUACCAGAUUAUUGUUUCUGGGGAAUGAUUUCUUUGGAAGAACUUUUGCUUAUUUCAAACGAAAUAUCGAAAAUGGAAUAUUAUGCUUUUGAAAAUGUGACACAGUUAUCAACGUUGGAUUUGUCAUCAAACAGUCUGGAGGAAAUAGAAGCCGGGAUAUUCUACAACACAAAUCUAAAAUCUCUGUACAUAGGUUCAAACAGAUUCCACACGUUGACAGAAAACACAUUUGCGGGAGCGUACAGCUUGCGACAGAUUUUUCUUCGUUAUAAUCAAGUAUCUGAAAUAUCAUCUCAAGCCUUUUGGUAUAACGGUGGACUUACUACCGUAGACCUUCGCGAUAAUGCCCUCCGGAGAGUAGGGGCAGAGUAUAUUAACUUAACUGCUUUGAGUUUCCUUGCAUUUAGUGGUAACAAGAUACAUACAAUCCAGACGAAUGCAUUUGAAGGCACAUCGAUUAGUCUUAUCUAUUUGCAUAAUAACAGCCUUACUACACUCUCCAAGCACGUAUUUUCCUACAUGCCCACCCUGAGUACAAUCACACUAUCUGGGAACCCUUGGCAUUGUGAUUGUAAGGUUCGUUACCUAUGUGAAACCAUGAUAGAUGCCAUGGAAACAGGAGAACUCUUCCCUUGGUAUGAAGAUGCGGAUGAGAUGAUGUGUGCUACACCCAAGUCAUUCCAAUAUCAAGAGAUGCAAACUGUCAAACCAUUUCAGAUGAUUUGCACCACCUAUGCUUCUGCUCUAGCUAUUCAACUGAUUGUGGGACUAUCUCUAUCAGCUGUGGCUAUAAGUACAGCCUUGUAUGUCGUGCAGCUCUACUGCAAGGCUAAGAAGAUGGAGAGGAACGGAGUUGGAGAUGCGAGCAAAUGUCUGGCGUAGCAGGAGACCUUUGGGAGGCUUCAACCAAAAUGAACAAUCAUUCAUCGGAUUUGGAGUCAGUCCUCUUUGUAUGGUUUUACUUACUUUUCUACAAAUGCUGGAAAUGUCAUAUUUUGAAUCUCGAAAUACAAAUGUAUUUUGGAUAGUAUUUGAACACAAAGCAAAAGGUUAUUAUAAUGGUGAUGAAUCAUUAGUAACGAUGAAGGUACCUCGUUUAUGUACAGCGCAUAUUGUUACAGAAGAUCCCUUUGCUGAUGAUUCUGAUCUUAGUCGUGGUGUUAGUAAUGGUGUUUAAAGCUCAUGAUUGAAUGGCAUGAAGGUCAGCUAAACUUUGUCACCAGUCAUAACUUUGUCAUCGUCACACCUAUGACAAGGAACAGUUCCCGGAACAGUUACGAUGAUGGUUGCUGAACGACAUGCAAAACAUGUAUUUUGACAUAUGCCGAAGUGGCUGUAAUCAUGUUAAAGAUAUAGAAGAAAGGAUCGGCUUAGAUAUAUUUCAAGGAUUAUGUUUAUAAGUACAGUCUUGUUAUUUUUGUACAUACAUGUUAAGUUUCGUGAAUUCUAAUCGUAAUUAUAAACAUUCCAUUUAUAGUUAAGGAGCAAAAUUUGCUCGGCUUGCUUUGUCAUAUAUAUUUUUGAAAAUACAAUUGAAGGGAGCCAUGUCACUAAGUAAGAUGAUAGCCUCCCUAUCUUUUUGUAUUACAGGUGGAGUUCAUGGUUUGCUUGAGUAGAACAAAAAUCCAUGAAUUUCUUGAAAUUUUAAAUCACCUUUACCUCUCUAGAGAUGUAUUUAAAGUCAAUAAAUCUAAAAACAUUAUCAAGUUAAGUCAAAUUGUUACCUGUGAGCAGGGGUAAUUGAUGUCAUUAUGAUGCUACAACAGGUUAUGAAACCUCCCCUCUCUCCCCUUCUCUCUCCCUCUCCCUCUCCCAUCGUUCCCCUAUAUCGUCUCCU